AUGAAGCAGGUCUGCAGGGUGCCAUUUGAACACAAUUCAGAAAGAGUCAAAGAAUUGCGAUAUAACUAUGUGCAAAGAGUCCUUGAGCUAGAGGUGGCUGCAGUGGAGCACCAGUUCAUCUUCAUUGAUGAGGCUGGAUUCAACCUCACGAAGAGACGAAGGAGGGGAAGGAAUGUCAUCGGCCAGCGUGCCAUUGUGGAAGUUCCUGGGCAGCGUGGAGGGAACAUCACAAUGUGUGCAGCCAUUACUCACCACGGCGUCACCCAUCACCAUGCCACUCUUGGUCCCUACAUCACCGCCCAUCUGAUCACAUUCCUGGACACCCUACACAACAUACUCAUUCCACCAGAUCAGAUAGACGGCCCAGAGCAGCUCAGGUCAAUGCCUGUUACUCUCAGAUCCAUGGUCAUCAAAACACUGCUGUCCUGCAUCUCUGUGCUCACUGUGGUGCUCAACUUGUUGGUCAUCAUCUCUAUCUCCCACUUCAGGCAGCUCCACACCCCCACCAAUCUCAUCCUCCUCUCUCUAGCUGUGUCUGACUUGUUGGUGGGCCUUGUAGUGAUGCCACCUGAAAUCGUCUUGAUGCAUUCAUGUACGCUUCUGGAUAAACUUUCAUGUGCUGUCUUUUACCUUUUUAGCUUCAUCCUCACCUCUGCCUCAGUUGGGAACAUGGUGCUCAUAUCAGUGGAUCGUUAUGUGGCUAUUUGUUACCCUCUGCGAUAUUCUUCCAUGAUAACACCAAGAAGAGCACGUGUCAUGCGGUCUCAAAUUUCAGCUCUCAGAUCAAAUACUGUGACUGUUAAGAGAUCUGAGAUGAGGGCUGCUAGAACUCUUGGUGUUAUCCUUCUUGUGUUUGCACUUUGUCUCCUUCCAUUAUACUCUAAUUUCAUAGCAGGACAGGACACAACAAGCGUGACUUCAUCAGUUCAAAUUUGGCUGUUCUAUUGUAACUCCAGUUUUAAUCCUCUGAUCUAUGCCUUUUUCUACCCGUGGUUUAGAAAAUCAGUUAAAGUCAUUGUCAGCCUUCAGAUACUACAGCCAGGCUCCCGUGAGGCCAAGAUACUGUAG